AUGGGCAAUUCUACUUCAAAGACUACAGGCUGCAGUUCUAGCAACUCUGGCUCAUCUUUCGACAUGGACAUCCAAACUCCCACGCAGAUGGGCUUCCCUCGUAGCCCUGGCCUUCACGAUCUCUCCGCUCUCCAUCCUCAACACAACUUCCACGGCGCAAACAACAUCACGCUCGAGUCUUUUGCUGGUGAUGGAAUCGAAUCUGGCAUCACACAUCCAAUACCAGCAAGACCUCUCAUCCGCCGCUACUCGGAGCUCCUCGAUCCGACUCAACUCGACCAUCAGCAGGUCAGGAGCCCCAGCGGUAACAUGCUUACUAGUAGCACCUACAACCUCAGGGACGAUCGUCCAUUGAGCGUUCGCGAAAGACAAGAAAGAAUCCGCCAGCAGAUGAUGCAGAAGAGAAAGGAGCAGGAGAUGGCUCAUGGUAACGGACGCAAGAAAGACUCGGCAAAGGUAUCUGUGAGAAGUGCAUCAACCGGAAAGAACAAGAGGCGUAAAGGAUGCCUUGGCUGUUUAGGUGUCUGA